CCAAGCAGCAGCCAGGCGUCCGAGUGAGCGAGCGACGAGAGCCCACGUGCGGGCGGCUGUCCGUCUGAUGCGAUAGUACUUUUUGUCGUCCUCGGUCCACGUUAAAAAUAAAUCAAAAUGGUCGGGACCACGGUGGUUGAGGCCCCCGCCCCUGCCGACGAAAAAAAGAAGUCCUCCCAUUUGUUGCACUCGGCUGGAGUCAACUUUGAGCGGCGCUACCGAAGCAACCAGACGGCCCAGAACUACCACGUCGGACAGUCCGAGGUGGUGUAUGAAGACGCAGACGGCCGAGAGCACAGAAUGGAGAUCGUCAAAGUGUCAGAAAAGAUUGGCAAUUUCCGCAAAUGCGUGCCAAGACUCAGCUUCAUCUGCGCCUGCAUCUUAUGCAUCGUUAACUUGCUCCUCCCAGGAAUUGGAACAAUAAUCGCCACUCUGCGCGUGGUGUGCGGCGUCGAAACGAGCAACCCAAACCGCUCGCAAGCGAUAUGCUACGGCUUCUUGGCGGGCAUCCUGCAAAUUCUGCUCGCCCCACUGAUCAUUGGCUGGGUGUGGUCCAUACUCUAUGGCGUUUACCUGAUUCAGGACGCGGGCGGCCUGGCCCCUGAGCAGCCGGGCGCACCAUCACCCUGAAAUCUCGACACAACUUUCCGAUUUUCCUCUAUAUAUGUGUGUUUGUCGCCUUUUGCAAUCCAAAGUCUGACCACCGCUAUUCGUUUCACAUUUUCGCCAGAUGUCAAUUUCUUCUGUUACUCAAUUCAGCAUAUACAUUUAAAUGUAUAUUCAGUCUAUAGCGAUUCCUAUAACAAUACGCAACUGUGCUGCUAACUUUAAAUAAUAUAUAUUUACUGCUAUAUCUGUGCGUUUUCACAAUCAACGUUGUAUAAUUUAUACUAUAUGAAUAUUCUAUACAAGCCAUAUUUAGAAAUUUCCUGUUAUCGCACUUUUAUACUAAUUUUGUGUUAUUUUCUACCUUUUUUAUUCGUUCAGUGUUCGAAAUGUGUAUAUGUUUAUAUAGAGGAAAUAAACGCAUUACUUUUUAAAUGUCAA